AUGUUCGCCAUCAUUGCUACUGCUGUCGCCCUCGCCUCCUUCGUCGCUGCGGAGUCGCACCAGGUCACUUUCACCAACAACUGUGGCUACGGCACCCCUCUCUUCCUCUACCAAGGCGACUCCACGCCGCAAGGUGGGACCACGAUCCAAGGCGAGCUCAACGGCGGCAUUGCCUGGCUCGAGAACGGCUCGUGCACAACCGAUGGUGUUAACUGCGGUGCCGUCGAGUUUACCCUUCAAAACACCGGAUACAGCCAGGCGGAUAUUACGCUUGAGCCUGAAGGCAACCACAACUACCUGUACCCGAUCGGCUUUAACUUCAUUAACGGAUGCUCGAACGGUCUUUUCUGUGACAACCCCAACUGCAUAACCGUGGCAUCGUUCAGUCCUACUCAGGUCCCGCUUGCGGACUGUCAGGCAGACAACUGCGGCAUUAACGUCAUUUUCUGCUAA